UGGAAAAGUGAAACGUGUAGAAAAAAAAGGCGGUGGUAUUUUAGUGAGGGCCAUUGCUUGGUGUGUGUUCCUCGCGGAUCGUUUUACACGUGUACAUACAACGCAAAAUGAAUAUCAUCCUCAAACUCCCCCCUUUUCUUGUUUCUAUGUUGCAACAUCGAGUGCUGGAAGGCGUCGGAAUCUUCGUCAUUCCAGCGCUAGUUGUCGGCGGAUCGUGUGCAGUCAAAACCAACAGCUCAUUUUAUAUAGCCGAAAAAUUCUCACCAAUCACCAGAAAUAUCUGUUGACUAAGUGCAUUGAGAUAUAGAAAACGUUCCAGGUUGCCGGUUCAAAGAGGCUUAGUUCACGUUUAUCAAUUUAGCCAUCCGCACGCGGAAAUGUCGUCAUCCAGCCGAUCAACAAUCACAGGCAGUCGGCGACCGAACGCGGCUCGUGAGAGAAGUCGCGUCCAGAGCUUACGUGACGCUUUCCAAUCUUUGCAGUCGGCACUGCCGGCCGUGCCGCCCAGUACCAAACUUUCCAAGCUGGACGUCUUACUGAUGGCCAGCGCGUACAUCGCCCAUCUCGGCCGAUUGGUCCAAGAGGACAACGACGAACAACAGACUCAUUUGCAAGCCAAUAAUUCUACGAACCAGAAUAACGUCACUUUUCAUCCGGUCAAGAAGUGGCCAAUGAGAGCUCGACUCUACGCUGGACUGAAUUAUUCCGGUUCUCAUCGGCCCUCUGACCAGACGAAGGUCUACCGUCAUCAUCAUUCAGGGGAUAACUGAAUAGGUUGCUAACCACAUUACAGCCGUGCUGGGCGCGUUCUGCCGCAAAGGCGAAAGCUUUUAACUUCUUUGUCCGUGAAUUAAAUCACAGAUAUCUUUGACGUGUCUGAUAAUAUCCGUUGGCGUUUCUUUUGUUCUCUCUCUCUAUGUACCCCUUUCUCUCUUUAUGUAAACAAAAAAAAAUAAAUAAAAAUGCUGAAAAACUGG